AGCUGCGAGAUGAGGAACCUGGGGCCUGAGAGGUGAAAUGAUGAGUUAUCCAAGGCACACAGCUAAUUAAGUAGCAGAGCUGGGAUUAGAACUCAGGGUUCCCGCAUCCCAAAUUUCUGAUCAGGAUUGUUAAAAUGAGUCUGCGGAAGCAAACACCCAGUAACUUCCUGAAGCAAAUCAUCGGACGACCAGUUGUGGUAAAAUUAAAUUCUGGAGUGGAUUACCGAGGGGUCCUGGCUUGCCUGGAUGGCUAUAUGAAUAUAGCCUUGGAGCAGACAGAGGAGUAUGUAAAUGGACAGCUGAAGAAUAAGUACGGGGAUGCAUUUAUCCGAGGAAACAAUGUGUUGUACAUAAGUACACAGAAGAGGAGGAUGUGAAGACCACGAGAGUACCAUACUUUUCACACUCGGAUAUGUUUUUUAUUAAGUUUUUUGGUUCUUCUGUCAUAUAAU